AUUCCGUGCCACAACAUAAUGAUGUCACGUUUAAUACGAGACCGGCUAAAAUCUUGAUGUUUCCACAUGAACCACGAUCGUUAGAUAUGCUGUAGUUUUAACAAUGCAACUCUAGACGAGUUAACUUUUAUGCAAUACAGCAAAAACCAAGUUAUCCCAGUAUAAUACUGAUAAUAAUGCAAUACGUUAAUAAAAUAUGUCAUGUAACAUUGGUAUAGUGCGACGCUAUCUGUUAUUCUCAAUCUGAGAUAUCCUAUUAUAUCAAUAUCACAAUGGUCAAGGUCAAUCGUUCGCAAGAGUAACCUGAAUUUAUUUUGAUUAUUGAUAAAAUUGCUAGCACUAACGAGAUAAUCAUAAUAUGCACGACGUGUACUUCCUGCCGUACAUAUAUAAAUCUAAGGAAAAAUAUAGUUAUUGUUAAUAAAAACGUUUUUGCGUUGAGUUAACAUGUGGUUACCAAUCCUUUUGCUGUUUCUCUUGACGUGUCAAAUUUCUACCUCGAUUGCUCUUUAUAACGAAGAAAAUAUUGGAUUCCGAAGAGAUUUAACACGUGUUAAAUUCGGUGAAGGAGUGCGAGAUUGGUUUCGAACUUUAAAAGAUCGUCUGUUAGGAAGGAAAACUGAAUAUAACGAUUCAGAAAAUGGAGACAUGAUAAAUCUCAACAAAGCUGAGAUACAGGAUCGCGUUCGUAACUCUGGUGGAUUCUUUGUAGAUUUGUCUAAAAUAACAUUUGAUCCGAAAUACGAUAUCGGAUUUCGUAUUGGUCGUUGGUAUUUCAUUCGAAUGGGAGACACAAUUGAUAAUGAAUUUGUCUAUAAUGAUUCAAGGGAAUGGGAUAUGCCUUCUUCAUUCAUGCCUGAUCAAUCAACGCAUCAAUUAUCCGAUAAUGAUUGGUCAAAUGAUAAUUAUAACAAUAUAUUCAAAACCAUGUUGUCUCCACCAACCACGGAAACUACAUUUUCGACGGAGCAAACCAUAACGGAAAGUGAUGCAAUUGAAAGUUAUACUACCGAGGCAUCUGUGAUACUACUGGAAAACAACGAAACUGAAUCAAUAGGCAAUUCAGCUUCUGUUGAAGUUAUAUUCCCGUAAUAAAGUAAUCUUAAAUCUAUA